AUGGCCAAGCUCACCGCCGCGCAACGGGACCGCGCGCUGAUGCCCCCGCCCGCGCCCCGCGGCGCGCCCGAGCGCGGCACGCUCCCCGGCCAAGUCACGGCCCGUGGCGAGACCGUCCUCGCCGAGUCGGACUGGGCCGCGGCGAUGGCGGCCAUCAUUGACCGCGAGUACUUCCCGGACCUCCCGCGGCUGCAAAAUCGCGCGGACUGGAUGGCGGCGCUGCGGUCCGGGGACCCGCGCAUCAUCGCGCGCGCGCAGGCGAACAUCAUCCGGCGCCGCGCGGGCAUCCACACCCCCGCGCUCGACGCCGCUGCCGUCGCCGCCACCCCCGCCGCGCGCGCGGGCGCGGAGACCCCCGCGACGCCCCGCGGGUUCGACCCCGACGACGACGACGACGGCCGCGGCGCCGCCGCGCCGGGCCCCGCGAUGACGCUCGACGAGUUCUGUCGCAAGUACACGUCGGAGGACAACGCGUCGUUCGCAGACAUCCUCGAGAGGUUCAACGCGCGGAAGCGCGAGAAGCACGCGCACCUGUACCGGCCAGGGAACCGCGCGCUCCCGGCGCCGGAGCCGGCCGCGGGCGCGCCGCGGCGGCCGCUGGCGAUCGCGGGACCUGGCAGCGAGGGGCUUCUGGGGCGGGCCGACGGGCUGUCGGAGGCGGAGGCGGCGGAGCGCGUGCGGGCGGCGGAGGACGCGCGGGCGAACGAGAGGCUCGCGGACGGGUUUGGGUCGACGGGGCAGGCGCGGUGGGAGACGGGGCGGCGCAUUGAGCCGCCGAAGAACAGGCUCUACUACGACACGUCGCAGCAGGAGGAGCUGCGGCUGACGAAGAAGGAUAUGGAGGCGCGCGUGGGGUACUUCAUGGCGCCGCGGCGGACGGUGGCGGCGAACACGCGGCUGGCGCCGCGGGAGGGGGGCGCGGGGAGUCUGGCGACGACGCCGGGGGGUUACUCGACGGACGGGAGCGUGCCGAGCCCGCUGACGGGGCAGGCGGCGGCGCGCGCGGCGCUCGGGACGGCGCAGCGCGGCGGCGGGCGGCCGUACUCGAUCGUCGCCACGCCCGUCGUCGAGCCGGGGGGCGUCGGCGAGGACCCCGUCAUGACGUGGGGGGAGCUGGGGUCGACCCCGCUCCGCCUCGACGGCCCCGAGGACCUCGCGGCCGGGUCGAUCCCAGGCACCGCGGGCGGCGGCUUCCGCGUGGCGGACCGCUCUGCCAAGGACGCACUUGUCGACGCGCUGGCGCAGAGGGCGCAGGAGCGGCGCGGGACGACCCCGCGGCGGACGGAUCGGUCCGUGGCGGGGACGCCGCUGCGCGGGCUCGGGGCGUCGGGGGGUGUGCGGAAGUCCGAGGGGUCCGCGAAGGGGGGGGGUAUCAGUGCGGCGGGCCGGCAGCUGCUGCGGCGGCUGCACACGCCGGUGCGGGGCGGGGCCGCGGACGCGCAGCUGCGGCAGUCGUACCGGGCGGCGGGCGGCGAUGCGGGCGCGGGGCGGCGCGCCGCGUCCUCGACGCCGUUCCGCACCCCGUCGGCCACGCCGGGACGGUGA